CUCAGACUUUCUUUCCGAUACUCCAAUGCCAGCAACAGCCACCACACCUUGAGCCCUCAAUGACUCACUUCUAGCAUACGAUCAAAAUGUGUCCAAAGUAAUCGCUUUGAGGAAAUCGAAGACUAGUACUUUCUACUGGGCUCGUAAAAGUGCUAAACUCCUUGAAUCUCAUCGUGUUCCGGAAUCUCAGUGCGGUGAUGUCGCUGUCUGAUUAUAGUCAAAACUUCCUGCAUCAAUGCAGCAAGAACGCGUUUGCUCUUCAGUUAUCUAACGGCAAUUUGCAAACGCCUACAUUCGUAAAUGCCACCUCACUGUCACUUAACCCCAGAAUUCCUGACCCCAGCCUUUUCGAAUUUGGGAUCGACAACGUAGAUGUGCAAGGAGUUUCAGCAAGGCUCCCAAACAAAGCGGAAUGCGCCGCACAUCUAGAGCUAUUGCAAGUGUUUCGGCACGUUCGAAAAGAAGUUGAAUCAUCCAGGAAGUUGGAUGAGGUCUUUGGGAUCGCACCCGAGAACCGCGUAGUGUUCCGCAAGCGCUUGGCACAUAUUAAUGGUCUCACCAAAGAUUGGGUGAGAGAAGAAUUGAAACUUCGAGACGAGACCUUUGACAAGCGAAGAGAAGCGAAAUGGUCCCUUUUCCUCAGGCUUGCCACCGCUCGGUUCUUGUCCUGGGUUGAUGCUGUUGAACAGGACGCGAACCAGCCAGACGCAUGCUCUCACUUGCUACAUAUUCCGCCAAUAGAUGUGUUAAUGGUUUGGCAUGCCUUACUUCUGAAUCCAAAGUGGUUUCAAACUUUCCAACAGGGAAGAUUGGUUCACUUAUCUAAAGUAUCCCUUCCGUGGAGGCAGAUUCAUUCAGCGAUCGACUCGGCCAGACCCAAUUGGCCAUUCGAGAUGUCCACGAACGAUCAAACUUGGUUCCAGGAUAAAGUAGGCCUGCACUCAGACUUACUUGUUUUCCUUGAGGAUGAGUCCAAGCCAGCGACCAUCAGCAAGUGUUUAAGCAACCACGGCAUUAGGCGCUCCGAAGGGCAAGACCGUGGGCUAACCCUAGCAGAUGUACCAAAAGUAUCCAAUGAACAGAAUAUCCUUGGCCGUCUUGAAUACGGAUUCCUUGAUGUAUGCCGACAAGCUGUAAGCAAGGACGAUACAGCUGAGAAACUCGUCGACGCGGUCAAGAGGCAGUCUGCUUUCGUUGAUAAAAUGGACAGGCAGCUAUGGAUUCGCAGCCCCGCUGUAAGUGAAACGAUAGAUCGGGCAAUAAAUCGUUACGAAAGAUUCCUCACACUGUUGAAACUAUAUCCGGGCACGAUGUUGGUACCGACUCUUGAUAUCGAUCUUGUUUGGCAUACGCAUCAGUGCUCACCUACGCAGUAUAAUUUAGCAACGGUGAAAAUGGCAGGCCGAUUUAUCGAUCAUAACGACAAGCUUGGAACGGCGACUCUCGACCCAGCGUUUGACAAGACUAAAGCUCUUUAUCGUAUCCACUUCGCUACCGAGUACAACAUUUGUGUUUGCUGGGAUUGUGAGGCCUUGCGGUCCUCCAUCAUAAGUGAAAGCGAUAAGACUUACAUCAACAACAGAUUGAUAGCUCGCGAUACCCAUUUGAGAGUUUCCUAUUACCGAGCUGUUGAGAUGGCGCGCCGAAAGGGAGAAACACUUCUACCAACUUUUGAGGAUGAUUAGGAUUUACAUGAUGGGCGUAUUGCAAAAAUGAGUCGCCUUGCAGGGAUCAUAAAGCUCUUCAAUACAAAAUUCAUUUACCAGGAUACAGCUGAUAUCUUUUGCAACAAGAUUAUAUAAUUAUUCUAAUUUAAAGAAUCACCGUGUCUAUUUCUCGUAUCCGUGCCAGCCUGCGUACACAGUUCAACACAAAGGCGUAUGAGAGUCUUUACAAAUACGGCAAGGAGUCAUGUGCCUAGAAUAAGCAACAGGCUAUACUGCUACUGAGAGACUUAAAUAUGAAAACAGGUUGGGAGGUGAGGUUGUAUCAACGUGCAAAACUGAACACUCGGUGGGAAUGCUAUACGAACGCGGAAGUCUCUCCACGCGCGCUUCCCCUCGGUUACUUAUCAAACCAAUGUUCUAGAACUGUGUUUCAUGAAUGAAAUUAUUUGCGAAAUAUGUUGGACAUUGAUAGACAAGCCUGAUUGACGUUUUCAGCUGCUCAGCUAUACUUACACGGAAGCGAGAUAGCUGGACUCUCUACCUCUGUCUCAUAAUGACGUGAGAUUAUAGUCUCUCUUGAUGACAUCUGCAAGCUGCAUGGGAUGUUUAGCUCUUGUGAA